AUGCCGACCGCUACUGCUAAACUGGGCGACCUGGUAUUGGCCCAAACUGACUCCUGGGAGACGGUCGAAGGAAAUGUGUAUUUUCCUCCUUCGGCUUUGAAGGACCAAGCAGCCUUUGUGAAGUCGUAUACAAAAAGCUUUUGUCCUUGGAAGGGCGAAGCUGAGUACUACACUAUCAAGAAUGGAGAUGAGGUCGUUACAGAUGCAGCAUGGUACUAUGCGACGCCUUUUGAAAAGGCAGCGAAUAUCAAAGACCACAUUGCUUUCUAUAAAUCCAAGGUUACGAUCACAGUCGAAUAA